AUCAUUGUAGUUUAACAUUUCUUUGGCAGAGUGAAGUUCAAAUCGUGAAGGAAAUAUUUACAUAGAAAAUGAAAAUCUUCAUCACUGUCACCAUCUUCGCGGCUAUCGCCGUUGUGGGCGCAAAUUGCGGAAUGACUGAUACCAAACAGGGCAUCGUAUCCUCAUCGUAUGGCGGUGGACAUGGUGGUGGAUCUUCUUCAUCUUACUCUGCACCAGCUCCAGCUUCAGCACCGUCAUACGGUGGUUCUUCCUCAUCGUACGCAGCACCUGCAGCUCCCGCAGCUGCACCAUCAUACGGUGGCGCUUCAUCGUCGUACUCAGCGCCUGCUGCUCCCGCAGCUGCACCAUCAUACGGUGGUGGCUCUUCCUCAUCUUAUGCAGCUCCCGCAGCUGCACCAUCAUACGGUGGCGCUUCAUCGUCGUACUCAGCGCCUGCUGCUCCCGCAGCUGCACCAUCAUACGGUGGUGGCUCUUCCUCAUCUUAUGCAGCACCUGCAGCUCCAGCAGCUGCACCAUCACACGGUGGUUCAUCCUCAUUAUACGGUGGUGGUUCUUCCGCAUCCUACUCAAGAUCUGCAGUCCCUGCUGGAGCAGUAUCAUACGGAGGUUCAUCCUCAUCAUACGGUGGUGGUUCUUCCUCGUCGUAUGCUGCGCCGCCAUGCCCAAGAAAUUAUCUGUUCAGUUGUCAGCCUUCCUUAUCGCCAGUAGGAUGCGCUUCGUCAGGUAGCAGUAGCGGAUACGGCUCAGCGGCUGCUUACUCUCAAUAUGUGCCAUCGUACGCACUCCCACCAAUUGGAUACGGCUAUUGAGCCAGACGAAAACAUAGACAUCGCAUUAGGAUUUGGCUUGUGAAUGAACCUCGCUUUCUUUUUAUGAUUUAAUUAUUGCAGUUAAUAAGAAAUUUUUCAAUUAAAAAAAAACACGUGUUAUUGUUUGCUAAUAUAUUACAUAAAGAUUCGAAUAUGAA